CUCAUUCGUGCCAUUCAUUUCAAUCACAACGUUCGUACUUGUCUCGGUGCCGGCGAACGCCAUUACUAUAGCUGAUCUGAACUCGACGCGAAUUGCGCGCAAUUCCUCAAGCCCCUUCCACAGAGAUGGAUAUUUAACUUGUGGUGGACAGCAGCUUGCCCUUUCUUGGCUGUGGCUUUGCAACUCAGCCAGGCGAGUUCUCCGUUUGCGCUUAUACUGUUCUUGGGCAGUCGCUCACAUUCCUGUCACCCCGCGACAUCUGCAUUCGAAUGCUGGUAACAUCAAAAUUACCAAGACCGACCAGUCAUGUCGACUCCAAAGAACUCCCUGUCGCAGCAGGGCAAGACCCCCUCGCAACCCCAUCAUGGGGCGGCGGCGACUCCCCAAGUCUCGACACCGUUCUCGAUGGCCCAGGCAGCCCUGUCGCCGCAUGGCCCGCGGUCAUCACCGCAGCAGGUCAAGAAGUCUCCAGCGGCCAUGACCUCAGUAACCAUGGGCCGGUCCAACUCCAGCAUUCCCGUGAACUUCGAGAGCCCGUCUGCUGCCGCCGCUCUGGAGAUGGGUUCCGGUUUAGACGUCAAUCUCCGAAAUCUUGUUCAACUGGGCAGAGCCAAUGAGGAUGAGAGAGCGAGGCGGUUAGACGCUGUUAUUGCAGUCCUUGGUAGGAACAAGGGCUUGGUUAGUGAGGCGGGCUUGGAAAGGCUUGCAAAGAAGCUCGAGCUGGAGUUCAUCUGGGAAAGUGCUAUGGACAGCAGCGGCAAGAGGACGCUCAUCGUCGCCGGCUCUGCGCUCGAACUGGUCAUUGAGUUCUCCAGCAACGUCGUCCAGUCGGUCACUUUGGGUUUCCCAGACUCUGCUGAGAUCGUGAACAAGCAUGCCAAAUCCGCGGGGGAGAUUCUAUUCAACGACCUGCGCCUGCGCGAAGACCAAAGCCCCCUGACCAAGUCGAUGGAGAGAUUUGCCGCCAACUUUGAGCGACUCGCUGUGCUGGACAAGCUGAGCAUCAACCCCGGACUUAAUUUGUACGAGGCUGUAGCCGGCAUCUACGAAAGCCUCAGCCGUCUCCACGCAUGGGAACUACGCAAGCUCCGCCAGGAGCCUACAUUGGCCGGCCGGCCCUAUCAGUACCUCGAGAACCUCGUGCUCUGCACAAGGAGCGGCAAGCCAACCAUGAAUGUCAAGGGCCGAGUGGGUAUGGCGCUCGAGUACUGGAAGGACAGGAGGCUCCAGCCACCGCCAAGUCCGGACUUGGCUCCUUGGGUCGAAGACCACGAACAGACCUGGAGCAUUCUCAUCGGCUGCGCUCCCAUGCGUCAUAUCGGUGUCAGUCCCGUCCGCAUCUCGGACAGGUGGAUCGGCCCCAACGUCGAGAAAGCACCUCUUCCUGAUGAGCUGCAUGCGGGCGGCCCUGUCAUCGACUGGUUGGAGCCGGAAAGCACAUUUCUUCCCGAUUCCAAUCAGACAAAGGCCGAUCCGAUGCAGCCCGACGCGCAGCUUCUCGGGCCCCGUCUUCCCGAAGUCGUGUUCCAUGCCGCUUUUGAGCCGCCUGUCCAUAUUCCACUUAGCCUGUGGCAGCAGAUCCAGGAGCUAGGCUGCAUAAUGGACGAAACAUCGCUGAGCCAGCCAGUAUCGUUCGACAGUCUUAUCAUCCCCUUUCCCCCAGGGAAGUCCUUCGGCUCGGAGGAGACGAGGAUCGUCAGUUGCAACAAAGAGAUCGUUUUCGGACCGCCAGAGGAUCCGUCCAACUUGUCAUGGAGGAGUCAUGCGAACACCCUCGCAGUCCAUAAGGAAGUCCUAUGUAGGACGCUGACCGAAAUGACAUUCUCUCACCCACAGCAGCUUGUUACCAUCCUUCCGUUCUUGCGACAGUACGUCUUCCUCGCCAGGUUACUGGAGCAGAGCUUUGUCAAGGAAGCACAAGACCGCUCUUCCACAGUGAACGGCGAGCCGUCCACCAAAACAAGAGGCACAACAAACAAAACGACCACAAAUGAAGACGACUUCACCAACUUCAUAGGCACAACAGACAAACCUACCCAUCCUCCCGAAGACUCGGACAUGGAACAACAACAACAACUACUACAACAGCCGCUCCAAGUCGACAUCUCCUUGACCCUGCUGCCCGUUCCACGCCUGCAGAUCAUCUUCCCUUUUCGGGCAGACAAGACUGCCGACGUCACGCUCGAGAUCCAAGAGAACGGCCACCUGAGCGUCGUGGCGCAGGACGUGCUCGACGAGAGCAAUGUGAUGGCGCCUAACGGCCGGCAGAGGCGCGUGGAGGAUAUCGGCGCGCUGCUGGAGUACACUGAGGACAUUGGGAAGUGGGUGGAGUUCAUUCGGACGAGGUGGGCUUGAACUGGGGCUUUGCGAAGUUUGGGACAGGAUUGGGCGGGGAUCCUACAUCCAGUACACUACAGUACAGUACUA